GCUCAGUUGCAUUUGAACACGGUAACGGUGUGGUAACGGCUCGCAGUUCAAGUAGCCAGUACCCCAAGCGGACCUUUCGGAAUGUGUGGUAUACUUUGCAUCUUCCGUGGCCAGCAGUGCAACAAACACGAUGCCACCAACGGUUGUGAGGAGAAGCACCUGGACUGUAGGAGUCUCCGCGAGAUCGCUUUCCAGGCGUCCAGUAAACAGCGUCACCGUGGUCCAGACCAUACCGGAGUGCUGAUCGACGAGGAGGAACAGUUCGCCCUCGUCCAGGAACGGCUCUCGGUGAUCGGUGUGAAAACGGGCAACCAACCUUUCACGUCCACCGACGGAACGGUGCAUCUGGCGGCCAACGGAGAGAUUUACAACUUUCGCCAGAUGGCAUCGGCGAUCGGCGAGAACCGUGAUGCCGGGUACGAGCCACGAAGUGACUGUGACGUACUCGGAGCGUACUAUGAACGCUUCGGACCGGAAGCAUUGCUCACGACGGUCCGAGGAAUGUUUGCCUUUGUGUUGUACGAUCGGAAGGUGGAACGAUUACUGGUGGCCCGGGAUCCAGUUGGUAUUAUCCCACUGUACGUUGGAUGGGACGCUGGAGGUGCGCUAUGGUUCGCUAGUGAGAUGAAGUGUCUUGUGGAGCACUGUCGCGAGGUGCAAGUGUUCCCUCCAGGACAUUUCUUCUACGGUCGCCCGGAGGAAUACAAUCCGAAGCGCUACUACAAUCCUUCGUGGAUCAAAGAGAUACCAAGCAAUCCUGUGGACUUGCAAGAGCUCCGUGACCGGCUGGAGGCAGCCGUCGAAUCCCAUCUGCAGUGUGAGGUCCCAAUGGGUGCGCUAUUGAGCGGUGGUCUCGAUUCCAGUCUCAUAGCGGCAAUUACCGCCCGGAAGCUACACGAUCGUUCCGCAAAACGCCUAAAAACGUACAGCAUUGGACUACCGGGAGCCAGCACCGAUCACCAUUAUGCUCGCCUCGUAGCGAACCAUAUCGGCAGCGAUCACACGGAGAUCCAUUUCACUGUGGCCGAGGGACUGGAUUACAUCCGCGAUGCAGUCUAUCAUUCAGAGACCUACGAUGUAACGACGAUCCGGUGCAUUGUCCCGGUGAUGCUACUGGCACGCUACAUCCGCAGUGAAGGACUCAAGAUGGUACUGUCCGGUGAGGGUGCCGAUGAGCUGUUUGGUGGUUAUCUUUACUUCCACCGGGCACCAACGGCCACCGAGUUCCACCACGAAACGGUACGUCGCGUCCAGGGACUUCAUCUGUCGGAUUGUCUCCGGGCGAACAAAGGAUGUGCUGCGUGGGGUCUUGAGCUACGUGUACCGUUCCUGGAUACGGACUUUAUACAGCACGUCAUGUCGAUCCGUCCGGAAGAUCGAGCACCGGGUGAGGGAAGGCUGGAGAAGUACAUCCUUCGACAAGCGUUCGCCGACGGGGACUACCUACCGGCGGAGGUGCUCUGGCGUCAGAAGGAACAGUUUUCGGAUGGUGUUGGAUAUUCGUGGAUCGACACGGUGUCACAGUGGGCCACAGGGCGGGUUAGCGAUGAAGAGUUCUCACAGGCGGCCACUCGUUUCCCGUUCGCUACACCCAGUACCAAGGAAGCAUUUUACUAUCGGAAGCUGUUUGAGGAACGCUUUGGUGGCGCCAGUGCCGCCCGGACAGUUCAACGGUGGAUUCCACGUACGGAUUGGGGCUGUGCGGAGGAUCCAUCCGGUAGAAAGCAGGACGUACACCGUGGUGUUAAGGAUCGUGAUGAAGGUUCAAAAUAAUAGAAGAAGGGGGAUCGUAUUUCUGUGUAUUUGAAUGCCUUUUAAACAAAAGACAAUUGAAACUGAUAGAUCUGGCACAGAUCAGAUCUACUCUCACUUUAUGGGAAUAAAAAGCCGCAGUAAACAGCAACACCAUGAUUGAGUUAUGACUCAAUUAACCGUUCAAAAUGUAAUUAUAGGCUCACCACUCAUCAUUAACCACUUAAACGCUGCAGCCGCUGCCAUGUCCGCUGCCAGCGCAUAAAGGGAUACCACUUGCCCUGAAUUCCUCCGCUCUUCUGUGAUCGCACGCUCGAUUAGCUUCAUCUAAACGAGCCAACAGGGCGAGAGCUGCGGUGCCUAGUUGUUUCAA